GGGGCUGCAGGUUAGUCGAAAGAACUUUGAUUUUAGAAUUUUAUCUGUUCUAUGGAGUAAGCCCAAUAUUAUAUAAAACAAUUAUUAACAAAAAUCCAAGGAAUCUGUAUGACAGUAUAAAGAGUCUUUAUUGACGAAAAGAUGUCCUUUCCUGAUAAGCAACAGAGAAAAACAUGCUGGGACUCAAGGGAUAAAUACUGGGAGUGUCUGGACGACAAUAAUGUGAAAGAUAGUACUGAGAAACCCAAAGCAUGUUUAGAAUUAAGAAAAGUUUUUGAAAAAUCCUGUCCUUCUCAAUGGGUGGUGCAUUUCGAUAGAAAACGAGACUUUAAUAUAUUCAAAGAGAAAAUGCAGAAAGAGGGUUAUGAACCCAUUAAAGAACAAAAAUUAUAA